ACGUCAGGUUUCACCUUCGCCACAUUCUGGUAGUUGCUGCAGCGUGGUUUUAACGAGAACGUUUCUAGUGAAAAUGGCUUUCUCCACUAUCAAGUACGCGAAACUGCUUAUGGCCAGUGGUCCACUCGCACAGAAGACAGUUCUGCCACUGACAGCCAGCGCUAUCCAAAGCAGGAAUUUUUCUGGGAAGCGCAUCAAGGUGCAGAACCCAGUAGUGGAACUUGAUGGAGAUGAGAUGACCAGAAUCAUUUGGGAGAAAAUCAAGGAUAAGCUGAUUUUCCCCUACCUGGAGCUGGACUGCAAGUAUUACGAUCUCGGCCUGCCCUACCGUGACGCCACCAAUGACCAGGUGACGAUCGACUCCGCCGCAGCAAUCCAGAAGUACAAUGUCGGAAUCAAGUGUGCAACGAUCACGCCAGAUGAGCAACGCGUCGAGGAGUUCUCCCUGAAGAAGAUGUGGCUGAGUCCGAACGGAACGAUCCGGAACAUCCUCGGCGGCACCGUGUUCCGCGAGCCGAUUCUCUGCGACACGAUCCCGCGCCUCGUUCCCGGCUGGACGAUGCCGAUCGUCAUCGGGCGUCACGCGCACGGAGACCAGUACAAAGCAACAGAUAUGGUCAUCCCAGGAAAUGGGAAGGUCGAGCUCGUGUACACUCCCUCCACAGGAGACAAGCAGACUGUGGAGGUGUUCGAUUUCAAGAAGGGAGGUGGCGUAACCAUGGCAAUGUACAACACUGAUGAGUCGAUCGAGGGCUUCGCCCACGCUUGCUUUGUAAUGGCCAUCACCAAGAAAUGGCCGCUCUAUCUGAGCACAAAGAACACGAUUCUGAAGCGCUACGACGGAAGAUUCAAGGACAUCUUCCAAGAGAUUUAUGAGAAGGAGUAUGAAGCCAAGUUCAAGGAGUUGGGGAUCUGGUAUGAGCACAGGCUAAUUGAUGACAUGGUUGCGCAAGCCCUUAAAUCUAAAGGCGGCUUCAUCUGGGGCUGUAAAAACUACGACGGAGAUGUACAGUCGGACAUCGUAGCUCAAGGUUAUGGAUCGCUGGGUCUGAUGACUAGUGUGCUCGUGUGCCCUGAUGGCAAGACCAUUGAAGCUGAAGCAGCCCACGGCACUGUCACUAGACAUUACAGAGAGCACCAGAAGGGCAAAUCAACGAGCACCAACCCCAUUGCCAGCAUUUUUGCGUGGACCCGUGGACUGGAGCACCGAGCCAAGCUUGACAAUAACCCAGAUCUUGCAAAGUUCUGUGAAGCCCUUGAGAAGGCAUGUGUAGAUACUGUUAACUCUGGAAAGAUGACCAAGGAUCUUGCUCUCUGCAUUAAGGGAUCCAUGGACAAAGUGACAGAGAAGGAUUACUUAUACACCAUGGAUUUCUUGGAUGCCAUUGCUACGAACCUGGAUAGCGCUCUGCCAUAGAUGAAUGAUAACAUGUGUCUAGCAAGUUGAUGAUUCAGAUCUGUGUAGAGUUAGCUCCCAUCUUCCCUAAACCUAAAUAGCCAUUAAACAUGGGCUUGUGACAAAUAUGGCGAACUUGUACACUUUCUGUUAUUACCUCCACGAACAGUUUGUUACAAAUUAAUACUCUGUAAGUUUUGGAAGUGCUUUUCUCCUCCUAACCCGGUAUGACAUUUGGAGGGUGCAUGGUGUAAUACAUCAACCCUCGUUUAUAUCAUUUAUUGCUAUUUUAGUAAUUUUCAUGCUAUCUGCGUAUGUCUAAACACCAUGCACAAUAGAAAAAACGAAGGAUCUGAUUGUAGCUUUUAGCUAUCUAUAUAUGUCUACGAGCACAUCGAAACAAUGGAGUUGUUUGUAAAUAAUACUGCGCAUAGGUAAUUUGCAAUGGGCUUCUAGUCCGGAUUGAAAUGAGGUUCGUACUGGUCAUCAGAAUGGAAGCCUUGUAUUUCCCUUACUCUAGCCUUAUGUACCCGGUGAAUUAAUUAUUGCUUUAGUCGAAAAGUUUUUUUCCCCCAAAAGUGGUCCGGUAAUCUCCGGAUAAUAAUCAGGAGUGAAUAAAAGCAAAUUUGUUUUUAUUCUCUUUUGUGGCAAUUGUAGGAAAAGGCAGCAGACUCUAAAGAGCGAGAACGGUUUUUGUAGGUGGACUUAUGCCUCGAAACUAGCGGGAGGGAAAUUAACAGGAACUGUGGCCAGUCGGGAGUGAAAAGUCUAUUGAACGACGGUUGCUCAAGCAUGCGAGUGUGUGUGUAAAGAGGCUUUGCCUCACAGCGAUCACUCACAGUGAACUGUGAUACCCGUGCGAUCAUUACCGGUUCAGGCCCGUACGUCAGGUUGAACCACGUCAGUCGCCCACGCGUCAACCACUGCUGGGUCGAAACCAGAGUCACGCUCUUGUUUGACAGGAGUGUUGCCCCGUAGUGCUAUUCGACUGUUUACAUGGUGCGCAAGAGCUGCGUGUUGUACAUUGGCAUAUUGUCACUUGGUUGCCAAUUGUAAGGGUGGACUUUGUGAGGUUGGCAUUGAAGAAAAAUCACUGACACUAGAAAAUUUGUUGUCUAUCUUCUGUAAAUGUUGGUCAUUAGUCAAAUGUGGCAAUAAUGAUUAGGUAAAAAUUAAGAA